UUUGGUCUGUCAGGCAGCGCCGAUGUUGACAUGAGAUAACAGGAUGUUUUUGGUCUCCCAGGUUAUGUAUUCAACACAGAUUGCACAAGCUCUAUUCAUGAUAUACUUUUAUUUUGUCAAUCCUGCAGCAGGAGGCGGGAGUUGUAGGCAGCCUGGCAAGUGAAACUCAGGGCGUUAAUCGUUUCUGCCGGGCGGUGUGUGGUCUAUGGUCUGCUAUAGCAACCGUGAAGUGGACUCACCAACAGGAAAGAAACUGACCUGGACGAGGUUGCUAAGUGGAAAUGAUAUCAACAUCUCUGACAGUCUGAUGGUUGGCUCCUUUCUGAGCAAAUCAGUCUAAGAAAUAUGGAUGGUGGUGGCGGAAAUAAAGAUGUGCAGGCGGAGCUGGACUCAGUGGAGGCCGAGCUGGAGUUGGUGGAGCUGCAGAUCGCAGAGCUCCUGCAGAAGCAGGCGGAGCUGACUUCUCGUAAAGACGCACUGCUGCAGCGGCUGGAGGAGGCCUGCGAUGCUGCACAGCCGUCCUCCUCUUCAUCCUCAUCUUCCUCAAAAUCAUCUGGAGCUGAUCCAGCAAUGAGCAAGCAGGAGAUGCAGCUCUAUGAUGGCACAGAUUUUCCAUGGUCCAAAGAAGUGGAGCAGCACCUGAAGGACUCGUUCCAACUCUCCACGUUCAGACCACUGCAGCUGAGGGCCAUCAACCUGACCAUGUCAGGCAAAGAUCUGUACCUGGUGAUGCCCACAGGAAGAGGGAAAAGCCUCUGCUACCAGCUGCCUGCAGUCUGCUCCAAGGGUUUUACCUUGGUUGUCACUCCCCUGGUGUCCCUGAUGGAGGACCAGAUCAUGUACCUGAAGUCCAUUGAUGUGUCCGCAGUAAUGCUGAAUGCUUCCAGUAGCAAGGAGCAUGCCAAGACCGUCAUGGCUGGCAUGAUGGAUCCCAAGGCCGAUUUCAAGCUGCUGUACGUGACUCCAGAGAAGAUCGCCAAGAGCAAGCUGUUCAUGUCUCGUCUGGAGAAAGCCUACAACGUAAACCUGCUGAGUCGUAUCGCUGUGGACGAGGUGCACUGCUGCAGCCAGUGGGGACAUGACUUCAGACCAGAUUAUAAACUGCUGGGCAUUCUAAAGAGGCAGUUCCCCAAAGUCCCAUUGCUCGGGCUCACAGCCACAGCAACCAGCAGCGUCCUCAAGGACUGUGAGAAGAUCCUGUGUGUGCCCCGGCCAAUCACACUCUCUGCAUCCUUUAACCGAACUAAUCUCUACUACGAGGUUCGUAUUAAAGAUUCUAACUCUGAGACAUCGAUAAGUGACAUUGCCUCUCUGAUCAAGAACAGAUACAAAGACCAGUCAGGUACUGCAGCAAGCAAGACUGAACACUCAAAGAAAAGCAAAUGGAUCGUGUAUGUGUUCUCUCAGAAGGAUGCAGAGUCUGUGUCAUCUGAACUCCAGAAGAAAGACAUCCUGGCCUAUCCCUACCACGCUCACAUGGACCCCGACGAUAAAUCCCGCGUUCACCGCAAAUGGACCUCCAACAAAAUCCAGGUGGUGGUAGCCACAGUGGCGUUUGGCAUGGGCAUCGACAAGCCUGACGUCAGGUUUGUCAUCCACCACACCAUCAGUAAGUCCAUCGAGAACUACUACCAAGAGAGCGGACGCGCAGGUCGAGACGACCGCCAAGCAGACUGCAUCGUCUACUUUGGCUUCCCUGAUAUCUUCAGGAUCAGCACCAUGGUGGUGAUGGAGAACGUUGGUCAGCAGAAGCUGCUGCAGAUGGUCGACUACUGCCAGAAUAUCGACAGGUGUCGGCGCUCUCUCAUGGCUGUUCAUUUUGAUGAGGUGUGGGACGAUGAAGGAUGCAACCAGAUGUGUGAUACUUGUCGCCAUGCAAAAGACUACACCACCGUGGACAUUACACAGCAUGCCAAGCAGGUGGUGCAAAUCUUGGAGCUAGCAGCGUCAAUGGAUGAGAAGCUGACUCCUCUGAAGCUGGUGGAGGCGUGGAUGGGGAAAGGCCCAGCCAAGCACAGGAAGACGAUCCAGACCACCACACUGUCUCGGCUGCAGGCUGAAGCGGUGAUUGUGCGGCUGCUGCUGCAGGGAUACCUCAGAGAGGAUUUCAGCUUCACUCCGUACACCACCUACUUCUACAUGAAGCUGGGCCGCAAAGCUCCUCUGCUGAAGAACCAGACUCACACACUCAGCAUGAAGAUGAGAACAGGGACUGCAUCUGCCGUGGACACAUCAGCCAAUGAGGAGGAGGUUGAUGUGACCUUUGACCCCAUUGUCAUGGACAACCGCUGUCCCCCACAGCCCAAACAGAAAGUAUUUAAAGAGCAGAGGAACCUGUCCAGGAAACGAGACCUGAAGCCAGUCAGCCAGACAGACAGAUGGACACAGAGGGCAAACCAACAGCUGACAGAGGUUGAGGAGAAUAAAAGGAGGUCCUUCAUGCCCCAACAUGAAAUUGAGGUUGAUGUUGAAAUAAACAUUGUGAAUAACCGCGAUAGUCAGAAAGCGCCAUCACAUCCAGUUAAACCUUGUUCCAAACGCAAAUCCACCACCCCUCAGAGAGUGAGGAGGAAACCCCGCAGUGACGUGCCAGCAGCAGAGGUUCCCUCUCCGUCCCCGGGUGGUGACACCGUGCCCAGCUCUCCGUCACACAACUCCAUCAUCUCUGAGACGGCAGCCGAAGAGCUCUGUGACCUGAGGAACUACUACAGCAAACAGCUGAGGAGAAUCAACUACAUUUCCCAUGAAUACCUGGGGCAGCCUGCAGAGCCAGGAGUCCUGGCGUGUAUCAGGGAGCCUCUGAGGAGCCUCCGUCUGCCCCGCAGGGUGACCAUCGCCCAGACGGCCCGCAGCCUGUGGACUCGAGUCAGUGGCAGGCGGAAGCUGGUUCACUAGUGACAGCAGCAGUUAGACUUAAAGAGUAACUUUGUUUUUUAUUCCAACCUGGACCCUAUUUUCCUGUGCGUUGGUGUUUAAGUGGCAGCUGUGAAAUGGGCUGCAAUGUAAUUAUAUAGAACAGUUCACCAUGAAUGUCCGUCCACUAAAAGUUCUGUUUCUGCCACUGACAGACUCAGAUGAUUAUUCUAAGUGUCUGACAACAUUAUGAAAGGAUCCCUACAGAUAUAGA